UAAGCAUUGAUAGCAGCCACUAAUAAGUUUAGCAAAAGCAGAGAGGCGAAGCGAAAUUUCUGCAUUACUGAGCCAUGCACACGGCAACUGUGAGUUCCUUCAGCUACUUUAACAAUUGGUUAGCUAUGAUAAUCAUAUUUAACUAUUUCUUUCAGCUGUGGAUACUUGCAAUUCUCACACUGAAUGUUGCUGACAGCAACCCAGGGCGAGAUCCUUCAGACCAAACGAGUCCGACAGGUACUCAACAUUAUCCUACUGAAACAGCAGGCACGCCUGGCCCAGUUGGUCUUCCCUACCAAACUGGCCUCCAGGAUAAUGGUCAAACAGGUGAAACAAGCCAAGCAGAUGCUGGCCACAAUGGUUUACGUGGUCCCUGUAUCAUUAUAAGAAGUAAACAAUAUAACCAACCAACAAUUUAUCCUAUAAACUGUGCAACCAAGAUUUCAAACCCAACAACAAGACCUCCAACAACACGUCCUCCAACAACACGUCCUCCAACAACAAGUCCUUCAACAACAAGACCUCCAACAACAAGACCUCCAACAACACAUCCUCCAACAACAAGACCUCCAACAACAAGACCUCCAACAACACGUCCUCCAACAACAAGACCUCCAACAACACAUCCUCCAACAACACGUCCUCCAACAACAAGUCCUUCAACAACAAGACCUCCAACAACAAGACCUCCAACAACACAUCCUCCAACAACAAGACCUCCAACAACACGUCCUCCAACAACAAGACCUCCAACAACACGUCCUCCUACAACACGUCCUCAAACAACAAGUCCUUCAACAACAAGACCUCCAACAACAAGACCUCCAACAACACAUCCUCCAACAACAAGACCUCCAACAACAAGACCUCCAACAACAAGUCCUCCAACAACACGUCCUCCUACAACACGUCCUCAAACAACAAGACCUCCAACAACACGUCCUCCAACAACAAGACCUCCAACAACACGUCCUCCAACAACAAGACCUCCAACAACACGUCCUCCAACAACAAGUCCUCCAACAACAAGACCUCCAACAACACGUCCUCCAACAACACGUCCUCCAACAACAAGUCCUUCAACAACAAGACCUCCAACAACACAUCCUCCAACAACAAGACCUCCAACAACAAGACCUCCAACAACACGUCCUCCAACAACAAGACCUCCAACAACACGUCCUCCUACAACACGUCCUCAAACAACAAGACCUCCAACAACACGUCCUCCAACAACACAUCCUCCAACAACAAGACCUCCAACAACAAGACCUCCAACAACAAGUCCUCCAACAAGAAGACCUCCAACAACACGUCCUCCUACAACACGUCCUCAAACAACAAGACCUCCAACAACACGUCCUCCAACAACAAGACCUCCAACAACACGUCCUCCAACAACAAGACCUCCAACAACACGUCCUCCAACAACAAGACCUCCAACAACAAGACCUCCAACAGCACGUCCUCCAACAACACGUCCUCCAACAAGACCUCCAACAACACCUCCAACAACAACACCUCCAACAACAACACCUCCAACAAGUCCUCCAAAAAGAAUUUCCACGACAAGUCCUCUCGAAGCACACUCUUCAACAAUCAUAACACCCACAAAAAAAUCCACCCUUACACUGCCCAUAAUGUGUAAGGAGAAGAUCGACAGUCUAGUUCGCUAUCCUACUACACUAGCUCCAGCCAGUGGAACAGUGACUGUCACUACACAGUGUGCUGACAAUGCUCACGUCAGAACUGGCUCUAGUCUGAAUGUCACAUGUACCUCAAAUGGUAGUUGGUCUGGUCAUAUUCCUGUGUGUGAAUGUGAUGAACGACAUCAUGUAACCACUGAUGAUGAUGGAAGAGAUAUAUGCCAAGGUGACAGCCUAAUGUCCUCGGUGAUAUCUCUAGCAAGUGUCUCGGGAACUCUACUCCUAAUCCUAACUCUUGCUGCCAUCGUCAUCCUAGCUUUACUACGUCUGCGCAGGGAAAAACCAGAAUCAACAUAUGAUAAGCUUUGGGUGCACGCAAACCAGAGCUCCAACACCUCUAUAAGACGCAAAAGGAGAGAUGAUGAACACAAGAACUCAACUACCACAAGCCAACUACUGAACAGUCACAAGGCUAGGCAAAUUGAGAUAAUACGAGAAAACGAUGCUUUCCAAUGCGUAACGACGUUUACAAAGAGUGAAAAAGAACAUGAGAAAAUUGUACAACGUAGCAUUGCCUCACCCCAAACCUCCACGAAAGAUGAAAUUCAGCUAGGAAACGGAGAAUGCUUAUAUGACGUCACAGGUGUAGUUCCUACAGCACACACAGAGUCCGAGGAAGGAAGUGUUUUGGUCCAGCCAACCACCAAAAGCAAUGAGCAAAAACAAGAUUCCGAAUCCAUUGAAGAAAUAUGCAUUGACAUUGAAGGUCAAGACCCCAGAGAGGUUGAAAUAACAAACUCUGCAGCAAAAGAGGGUGAAGAUGGAAAAGCAGGGACCGAAACCCCUCAGGAAGCAGGUCAAUGUAGGGAGUACGAUGUGCUUGAAACGAGCAGCAUAAUAAACAAGAAU